AUGGGUGUAUGGUCGGACUGCGUGAGCCAUUUCCUUGCCUCCGCCGAACCACAAAUCCGACACUUGCUUCGAAGCAUUCUUAGUCGUGGUCGGCGAGUACCCGAGUACGACCGGUCACUUCACUCCGAUCUCCACACCUGUGCACUUGUCCUCCAAAUUCCGUGCCCAAAUUUAUUCAAACAUGCUACUGAAGCUGGCCUUAGUUCUUCAGACAUUAAUGCUUUAAUUGCGCGAGAGGAAGAUAGACACGCCAAGUUAACUGAGAGAGAGGAGAGACAGAGGGAGAGAGAUUUAAAAAGAAUUGAAAUAGAGGCAAAUGAAGCAGAUAAACAAAGAACACAUGAGUUAGAAUUAGAGAAGUUAAAAUUAGACCAAAAGAAAUCCGAGCUUCGAACAGAUUUGGCUUUUCCUGGAUUAAAGAUACCGAUAUUUAUUGAAGGAAAAGAUGAAAUUGAUGAUUUUCUUAGGCGAUUCGAGAGAUUAGCCGAAUUACAGAACUGGGAAUGGAAAAAUUAUCACGUUUAUCUUGGUUCGGUUCUGACAGGUAGAGCUUUAAAAACCUAUGUGAGUCUUCCAGAUGAAGUUUUGCUCAACUAUACUCAAUUAAGAGAGGCCUUGUUGAAAACAUAUUCGGUUGAUGCUGAAUCUUAUAGACGAAAGUUUCGUGAGAGUAAAGUAAAUGAUAAUGAAACCUAUGUACAGUUGAUAGCAAGGAUGGAACAAUAUCUAAAUAACUGGUUGUCUUUGAGUAGCAUAGAAGGAAGCUACAGUAAACUUUGCGAAUUUCUUAUCAAAGAUCAGCUUCUAAGUAACUGUCCGUCUGAUCUGAGAGUAUUCUUGAAAGAGAGGGAGUUCGACAGUACCCUUGAAUUAGCGCAAGCGGCCGAUAGGUUUAGGUCGGCUCAUAAAAACUUCAGAUCACGAAGGAUGCUUCAGUCUGUAGAUGACAACAGUAAUAGGUCUGCUAAGUUCAGUGUAACUUGCCAUAACUGUCAUAAAACAGGACAUAUCCGCCCUAACUGCCCAGAAUUGAAAAUCCCGAUACCAAAGUCAUUUGCCCAUAAGGUUAAUUUUGUAUCAAGAACCGAUAUGGCCCCAACGAAUACAGUUACAAGUAAGGGUUACGUAUUCAAUAAAUCUGCUCGUAUACAAUUUGAUUCUGGCUGUGAUACUGUAAUUAUAAAGGAAUCAUUACUCCCCCCUAAUGUUAGGAAAGGAAGAUUGGUUGCCAUAGCUGACUACCUAGGUUUCACGAGGAAGUUUCCAAAAGUUCGUUGUUAUAUCAGAAGUAAAUACCUAAAUGGGUGGGUGAAUGCAGUAGCUGCCCCAAUCAAAUUUACGGACGUUCUGAUAGGACUGGUGCCAGGAGUUAAGGCUCCUGCAGUUGAUAUAACGGAUCAUAUUCCAAAUAUAGUAACCACACGCACCAGCAAAGCAAUGCGUGUCCAGACGAGACGUGCUAAAUUAGAGGAUAACGAACCGCGUUCCCUCGUAGUACCUAAAAUCGCUUUGGAAGACGUAACAAAGACGGAUCUUGUUGAUGAGCAAAAUAAAUGUACCACUCUUAAUGAUGUGAGACUAAAAGUCGCCAACAAAACCUUGGUUGCCGUGAAAAAUAGGACUAUUAAAUUUGAGAAAAUCAAUGACUUAAUUUACAGGGUAUGUGUUAAAAGUAAGAAUGAACAUGAAAUUGGGAUGAAACAACUUGUAAUACCAAGUAAGUUCAGACCGUACAUUUUAGCUACUGCUCAUGAUUCGUCAGUUGCCGGACAUUUUUCUCACAGGAAAACCUCCGAAAAGAUCUUUUAUAAAUUCUUCUGGCCAGGUGCGGGCGCUGAUAUUAAGCGUUACUGCCGCUCAUGUCCCGUAUGUCAAAAGUUUUCUCCCAAGGGCAAAGUAAGAAAAGUACCUUUAGUAUCGAUGCCCAUUAUUAGUGAACCGUUCACAAGGGUGGCGAUAGAUCUUGUCGGACCACUUACUUCAUCGAAUAGAGGUCAUAAGUAUAUACUUACUCUGAUAGACUGCGCGACUAGAUUUCCUGAAGCCGUUCCACUCAAAAACAUAGAUUCGGUAACUGUUGCUGAGAACUUGAUAAACAUCUUUUCUAGAGUGGGUAUCCCUAAAGAAAUUCUGUCAGAUAGAGGGACGCAAUUCAAAUCUGACUUAAUUAAAGAGGUAAAUAGAUUGCUAUCAAUAAAAGCAAUAUUCACAAGUCCGUACCAUGCUGCAUGCAACGGAACAGUUGAAAGAUUUCAUGCUGUGUUGAAAUCCAUGCUCAGGAAAUUGUGCACGGAACAACCUCGCGAAUGGGACAGAUUAAUUCCAUCAGUAUUGUUUGCUUAUCGUGAAAUACCGAACGAUACACUGAAAUUUUCACCUUUCGAGUUAUUGUACGGUCGAAAAGUUCGCGGACCCUUAUCUAUUUUGUACGAGUUAUGGACCAAUGAUCAGCUUGACAGCGAAACUAAGAACACGUAUCAAUACGUCUUGGAUCUUAGAAAAAGGUUAGAGGAAUCUGCCCAAAUGGCUGCUGCUCAUGCCAAAGUUAACAGCAAACUCUAUAAAUCUUAUUUCGAUAGAUCUGCAAAGUCUCGUAAUUUUAGCGAGGGCGAUGAAGUGCUGGUCUUGCUUCCAUCCACUCACAAUAAAUUAACCAUGCAGUGGAAAGGGCCUUAUACAGUUAGCAAACGUCAUGAGAAUGGAGUGGAUUACCUAGUAAGAGUAAGAAAUAGAAUUAAGUUGUAUCACAUAAAUAUGUUAAAGAAAUUCUUCAGAAGAGAGAGCAAUAAUGAUACUAAAAGUAAAAUUUGCCAAAUUUGCAUAGUGAAUGAUGAUCAGAUAACCAACGACGUGUGUGACAUAUCCGUGUUGGAGAAUUCCCCUACUAAAUUUAACAUUAAUCAGAAUUUGAGCAACGAGCAGAAACAACAAAUGAAUGAGCUACUCCUUAAGUAUUCGGAUGUCUUUUCCGAUGAUCCGGGAUUAACAAAGACUAUUACGCAUGACAUAACUUUGACGAACGAAACGCCCGUGCAUCGCAAACCUUACCCAUUGCCUUUCCAUUUAAAGAAAUCGUUUGAUGAGGAAGUAGAUAGAAUGCUCAGACUAGGAGUCGUUGAACCAUCUACUUCACCAUAUUGUUCUCCUGUCGUCUUGGUGAAGAAGGCAGAUAAUACAUUUAGGUUCUGCGUGGACUUCAGAUCACUUAAUGAUAUUAGCCUGUUUGAUGCCGAGCCAAUGCCGACGAUAGAUGAAGCUCUAUGUAAUUUCGUAGGUGACAAAUAUUUUUCGGAAAUUGAUAUGUGCAAGGGAUACUGGCAAAUACCAUUAAGCGACAGAUCAAAACCGUAUACCGCUUUUGCUACUAACAGAGGCUUGAUGCAAUUUACUAAAAUGCCAUUCGGGUUAAAAACAGCAUGCGCGACAUUCGUGAGGCUAAUGAGAAAAGUCCUUGUAGGUCUUAGAAAUACAGAGUGUUACUUUGACAACAUCGUAGUACAUAAUUCAAGUUGGGAGAAUCACCUCAUUGAUUUAGAAAGCUUGCUAAAGCGUUUACAUGAACAUGGACUUACUGCUGGCCCAAGGAAAUGCUUCAUUGGCUACUCAAAUAUUAAAUAUCUUGGCUUUUCCUUAGGGAACAACUGCUUAUCCCUAAUUAAAGAUAGAGUUCAAGCUAUAGUAGAUAUGCCUCUCCCGAAAACAAAAAAACAAUUAAGAUCUUUCAUUGGAACAGUUUCCUUCUACCGCAAAUUCAUACCAAAUCUUGCUGACAUUUUAUCUCCAGUCAAUAUACUUCUGAAGAAAUAUAACAGUAACAAGUUAGAAUGGAGUGACGAACAAAUUCGGAACAUUAACAUCUUAAAGGAUAAGCUAGCCUGUGCUCCUAUCUUGACUUUACCUGAUUUUUGUAAAACUUUCUAUUUGAGAAGUGAUGCAUCUGACACUGGUUUAGGUGCCAUAUUGUUGCAAGAUGUUGAUGGAAUUUUAAUGCCUAUCGCAUAUGCUAGCCGAAUGCUAUUAGAUCGCGAGAAGAAAUAUGCCAUUAUAGAGCGAGAAUGUCUCAGCGUUGUUUGGGCUAUAAAUAAGUUCAGAAAUUAUUUGUAUGGACGGGAAUUUAUACUACAGACAGAUCACCAACCUUUAGCCUACUUAAGAAAAAUGAAAAAUGAAAAUGGUAGACUUAUGCGCUGGUCGCUGGCUUUGCAGGAAUAUUCAUUUAAUAUAGAAUAUAUUAAGGGCAAUGUCAACUUUGGUGCUGACGUUCUGAGUCGUUGUGUAUAG